AUGUUAUCAUACCUUAAUUUGAGAAACUGUGAUUGUUUUUGGAACAACAUCAGUAGCAGGAUUGAUAUGUAUCUUGACAAAGUUAAUGAGAAAUUUGGACUUCCAGUUAUAGAAGUGGUAAGAAAUUUAUAUAGAUCGAUAUUUAUUGAGACAACGAUAUCAUGUUUAAUUACCUUGUUUAGUUCAUAUUAAAUAUUAAUAAUCGUGAGAAUUUUAUAUAAAAAAUUGAAUUCUUAUUGUGGUAGUAAAUUCCAAACUUGACGCAGUUAUGUUAAGCGGCAAUUUUUUUCAAUGUACUUCUCAAAAUUGCUCUGUUUUGGCUUUAUUCUCUAGUUUAUACUGUUAGCUACCUUUUUAAAUGCAUUUGCCAGUUAAGAAACAUAAAAUAAUGGUAAAAAAUUGUCAAUUACAAUUAUCAACGAUGCUUUAAAAGUGACGAUGAUGAAGUAUGGGCAAAAGUUACUGAACUUAAGACAUCAUUUUGUCUUUGGCAUACCAUCUGAAAUCUCUUCAUUUCAGCAUUAUUUUACAGAUAAAGCACUAAACAUACUUAAGUUUAUAAAAUUUGUUUACCGAUUAAGGAACGUAUCGGAGAAUAAAAUAAAAAUAAAACGUUUGAAUGUAGUCCUAACCACAUGUAAGUUGUAUAUUAUACUCUUUAGUUUUGAGCGCGUUACGUAAAAUACAAAAAAUCCUCAAAUUCUAUUUUUGUUUAGUUGUUACGCCAGGGAAAGCAACAUCGUGCUAAAGCGAAACGUCGAGGUGUGGAAACAUCAAGCGCGGAGACAAGAAGCAAAGAAAUACACGCUGAAACUGUUAGUUCGGAUUGUAGGGAAGGUACGUCUGCUCCACCUACUGAAGAUGUAAAUACGGAUGACGGAGAAACAGCAUCUGCUGUUGGACGUUUUGAUCAACCAGAAAUUGACGAGGAACACCAGCAUGAGAUUACAUCUCAAAUGCAUUGUCAGAGUAAGGAAGAUCUUUUGAAUAGCUCGAUCGAGGACGUCUGUGUUCAUUCUGAUACUGAGAGCGAAAGUCGGGAGAGUAACUCUACUUCUCAAGAUAUUUUAAAGACUGUCAAUGUUAGAGAUGGUGAUAAGGAAACCGAUUGUUCUAUGCUCAGCGAAGGUGAUCAGGUUUGUCUAAGAACACAAACAGAUGCCGGUAAAGAAAUGAAUAAUUUUACCGAUGAUAAAACUGGUAGCCUAAUUGGUAAUGAGGAAUGCGAUCGUUCUAUGCUCGGCGAAGGUGACGAGGUUUGUCUAAGAACACAAAUAGACCCUUGUAAAGAAAUGAAUAAUUUUACCGGUGAUAAAACUGGUAGUCUAGGUGGUGAUGAGGAAAGCGAUCGUUCUGUGCUCAGCGAAGAUGAGGUUUCUCUAAGAACACAAACAGAUGUCGGUAAAGAAAUUAAUAAUUUCACCGUUGAUGAAACUGGUAGCCUAAGUGGUGAUGCGCAAUGCGAUCGUUCUGUACUCAGCGAAGAUGAGAAGGUUUGUCUAAGAACACAAACAGAUGCUGGUAAAGAAAUGAAUAAUUUCACCGAUGAUGAAAAUGGUAGCCUAAGUGGUGUUGAGGAAACUGAUUGUUCCAUGCUCAGCGAAGAUGAUGAAUCAAGUCAAGAAGAUCGACAUAAAUUUCCAGUCAUAACGGAUAUCCCGAGCACUGUAUACCAAGCAAAUAUUACGUCAAAAAGUUGUGAGAGCCUUAUACUUUUUGACAGUGAUAAUACCGUUGACAAAGCUAUAGAUAAAGAAGAGCUCGAAAUAGAUAGGUCCACUACUACAAAUGAGCAAGAUAACAGCACACAAAGUAUUUCUAAACCUUCCGCUGUUGACAAUAAAGCCAGAGGCAAUAAUCACGGACAUACAAUGAAUCAAGAGGCAGUCAAGAAAGAUUUAAGUCCAUCUACAGAAAGUUCUGAAGGUCCAACGUCUAGUGAUAAUACCAUUGACGAAGCUAUAGAUAAAGAAGACCUCGAAAUAGAUAGGUCCAGUACAAAUGAGCAAGAUAACAGCACACAGAGCAUUUCUAAACCUCUCUCUGUUGACAAUACAGCUAGAGGCAAUAACCACAGACACACACUCAAUCAAGAGGCAGUCAAGAAAGGUUUAAGUCCAUCUACAGAAAGUUCUGAAGGUCCAGCGUCUAUUGAUGCAAACAGCACACACACUAACGAGACAGCCACCAAAUAUAUAAUUAGUAGUAUGGAUUGUCAACCUAUUACACUAUUCACAACAAGCAAUGAAGACUCGGACACAAACGACGAAGUAAAUGAAGUAAUCAUUAAAAAGGAAAUGAUAGAAUAUUUAACUGGUAUCGUUGAUCAGAUUAGUGAUGAAACUGAAGGCACAGAAGACACAGUUUCUCUUGAAGCGAUAAACAACGAAGUGACUGCACCGAUCACUGAAGAAAAAGUUGCAAAAAUUUCGCGAAGCGCCAGUCAUAAGCCUGAUGGCUUACAAACAGAAACCAUUGAAAACAUAGGAUCCCUUGAUGCCAUCAACAAUAACAACGAUAUAGGAGGUAUGAUUUCGAAAGAUGCAGGGGCAGAAUAUAGUACGCUUGCGAAUGAUCACACUAGCGAAACAAACAUAACAUCUUUUGAUGCCACAAACGGUAACAAUGAAAUAGGAUGCUUCAUUUCGAAAGAGGCAGGCGAAAAAGAUAGAAUACUUGCGAAUGAUCACAUCAGCGAAAAUGAAGGAACUGACUCAUUUGGUAAUUGCAAUGAUACAAGUAAUUCCCUUGACAUCAUAGGCAAUGACAACGAAAUGGGACGCUUGAUUUCAAAAGAGGCAGGCAGAGAUGAUACAAUACUUGCGAAUGAUCACAAUGCGAGCGAAACUGAAUGUACUGAAGAGGAGGGCGCGGGUAGGCAUCCACCUAGAAGCAUUGCCCAAAAAAAUCCACUGCCUAGUGUCACGAAAGUCAGUGACAGUAAAAUUGAUGGUAUAUUAAGUGAAGAGGUAGUCCCAAAAUUGAUAACCAACAACCAAUCUUGUCAAACAGGAAUUACACAAAUACACACUGGCGUUAAUAACAGUCUGAGCCACAACAAAGUUGAUGAUACGAGCUUUAUUGGUAAAGAUCCUAUCAAUGAAGGAUUAAUCACAGGACAGCCUGAUUGCCCAUCUAUAGAAAUUGAUGAAAACCCAUUGAAUCACAUUGACGCUAGUAUAAUUGGUAAAAAUUCAAUCAUCAAAGAUAUACUUGGUAGCAAGAAAGACCCAUUGGCGGCCAGUGAUAUUUCAACGGGUAUUCAAACUCCGUGCGACAAAGGUAAUUUAAUGGGUAAACAUACCACGUGUAAUACUGCAACUAUCGCUAGUCAAAUGCACAGACCAUCUCCAGUAAACGGUAUUUGUAAAAUGAAUAUCGACAAGACACAAAGCAAAGUUAUUGGUAUAGUUAAUGCACUUCGAAAAAUUGGUAAUGUAAAUACUCGUGUCCGAGAAAGAUCUACCAGUGAUCUGGUGAAUUUGGGUCACAAUGCGAACAACCAAAGCGAUACCAGCAUUCUGCCUAAAGUUUUGACCACUCCACUACAAAACAUCAGUGAUUUUCCUAAUCCUGACAAUCAAACAUCUAGCAAUGAUUUGGUAAAUCCUAGCAAAACCAACCAGGCUCACCAAAAUAAUGUUCCAUCUUCAAAUAAUAUUAAUUACCUAAUGCGUACUGACAAUACAGAAACCCAAAUCGUCGCUACAAGUAGUCCACUCCUAAAGAUCAGUGAUGUACGUAGCCUUGCGGACAAUGCAAUCAGUAAUGAUCCUUCAAAUGAUGCAAAUAUUUAUCAUACUGUCAAAAAAGAGCCAAUCACCAAAGAUAGGCCAUCUGCAGAAUUGCCUAGCACCAAUAAGCAAGCUUCAUCUGUUAGGAAGAGUUCCAGUCCACCUAUAAACAACAACAUAAUCAGCAAAAUUGAGUCACUCGUUCAUAAGUUUGGUAACUUACAAAGCGUUACUAUCUACCCAGAUUUCCAUAAUGAUGGUAAAAACAACGAAAGCAACACCAGCCAUUGUUCAGGAGCUUCGAACUGUUUACCUCUGGGGAAUAUACGUCCGUCUUCAAUAACACUGCAUACAUCAGGCGCAGCUAACUCUAGCGAAGAACGAGGGAUAGUUGAACUUAAUGGACAAUAUAUAGAAAUUGAUAAUGAAAGUUAUUUCAUAUUUGUCCGUCUUUUACCGCGGAAUGGUCAGAACGAAACGAAUCACCAGUCCAGAACUGAAUUUGUGUGUGAUACUCAGACGAAUCUGUCAAUGGAAAUUAUGAAUUUAGCUGCAAAGAAUGCUUGCGGUUCUGAGAGAGGUUGCAUUAAUCGGCCAGGUAGUCAGAUAAACAAAAAGCAAUCAGGAUGCACCGUGGAAUCUCGUGAUGGUCAACGUAAUGGUCAGGCCAGGGACCAGGAACAUUUCAAAACUGCCUCUAAGUCUAGUAAAGAAAGUAUAAAAGUAGAGUCAACUGUCUGUAAAGCUUCCUGUAGUUAUCCGGAAAACACUACCCAACUGGGAUGUGUCUCAAACAGAUGUGAACAUUCUACCACAAACAAUCGGAAAACUGGAGGAACUAACUCGUUUGGUAAUUGCCAUUUAAACAACCCUCCUUCUCCGAAGGAAGAAUUGGAAGGCUUCCUCCUUAGUUCUGUUACACAUGAUCAUUGCUACUCCGUGAACGAUACAACUAAUUCAACUUCCGCCAGGAAAAGAAGCUCAUCACUCACUUUGUCACCUCAGGUUUCAAAAAAGCGAAACACUUCAUUGUCAAAUCAGCGCUUCUCUUCCCGCCUUAAGACAAAAGAACAGCGGAAUGCCAUCACACAUGAUCACUGCUACUCUGUGAGUGACACAACUAAUUUAAUUUUCAGCAGGAUCAGAAGCUCAAUACUCUCUUUGUCACGUCAGGUUUCAAAAAACCGAAAAGAGGCGUUGCCAGAGCGCAUCUCUGUCCAGCGUAACACAAAAGAACUGCAGAAUGUCGGUUUACUGCUGAAUUGCUCUAACCGGGAACAGUUGCCCACUGCUAUGCAAAAUAGGCCAAGUGAUAAGCGUGUCUUUUACGAAAACGAAGGAUCGAACCAGGCGAAUCGAAACGCUCAUCAACCCAUCCCAGCUCGACUAGAAAUAGAUGAACAGCUGAAUUUAGGUUUACAGCAGAAUUCUUCGAACCGGAUAAACGAACAGAUGGCUUCUAGUCCAGAAGAAUUUUCUAAUUCAUCACCUAAUGAUAACAUCUUAAACGAGGGAAAUCGAACCUCUGAAGAGGAUUCCUGUUCUAGUAAUUGUACGAUUUAUGAAAAAGACACAGCAUGUUUAAAUGUUAGUUUAAUUGCUCAAGGCAAUGGAAAUAAAGACCCGCAUGAAAACAUCACCCAGCCAAAUAAUAUCGUCGGUGUUUGGAAAGCUUCAGAUAAGAAAGACGAUAAUGGAACACCACACAGCGACAGCUCGUUCCCUCAAAUCUUGACUUCUACUUCGUCCUCCCUCCCUCAGACAUCUAGCUGUCAAUCUGGUGAAAGUCUCGGCUCGCCAAAUUCAACAUCGGAAGACGAUCGUAGCGUCGUAAGAUCUCCGAGUAUUUUCGAGUUCUUACCGCGACCGAGUUCAGAGUCUUUAACCCAAGACGGCGAUACUUGUUCGAGUUUGGAAAAGAACCGUUGGUCCAGUACUGAUGAGAGUUCGGAGGAAUCGAGGAAAUGUUUCAGUGCCGUUGAUGGAACGGAAGCGUCCAAUUCUAUGCAAGAUUCGAUGGGUUUUACAGAGAAAAAAUACGUGAGAUUAGACUUGGAUCAUUCAAUACGGAUCAUCGACGAGCCAACUAGUUGUAAAGAUCCUUCUCCAAUCAUUUGUAAUGAUCAAACUAAAC